UUGGUGUCCCUGUGUGUCCUUCCAGAGCCUUGUGAGGAGGAUGAGCUUCUGUCAGUGCUGGAUUCCUGUUGUCACCUCAGCUGCCAUCUCUGUUGUCACCCAUGCUCUCCUCCUGCUGGUCCUUUACAUCCUCCUCAGCAGGAAAAUCGACCAAAAUUCCCGUGGGAUACGGGUGAAGAGCAGCUCUGGGAAGCAUCCAAGACCUGAACCCAGCUCUGAGCCUAACUUUGAGCCCAACCCUGAGCCCAGCUCUGAGCCCAGCCCAGCUGCAGCCCUGGCACCAGGAGGGGACAAAGCACAGCCACCCAUGGCACAGCACCCAGCGCCAGCCUACGCAGGGAGCAGUGACACAUCCUCAGACACCUCAGAGGACUCGGUUGACAGCCCUUCCCACCCUCAGGGACAGAGCCGGGUGCGUUUCAGACGGGCUCAACCGCGCUGUGAUUAA